UCGGAACCAGGCGAGGAAAGACCGACGGGCGCAGGCGGCCCGAGCGCCUUCUAGUCGUCACUCCUGGCCAGAAACUUUUAUCGCGACACUCACGCCUGCCCCGACGAGCCGUCAUCCCAAGCGCAUCCCCCGAGCGAGUCCUGAUCAUCUUUCCUUGCUGCACCGUGUUUCUUCUCGCAUUCUGGGCGUUUGGGAACCAUCGCGCCUGCCUCUGAGAGCUGAUCUGCCUCGCGCCUUCGGCAAGACCACCACACAUCCAUCAUGACCAUCUGGGACACAUUGACCGGGCGCAAGUCCGCCUCAACACAGACGGCGACACCCGCGGCGGAACCGCACGACAACUUCUCCCCGGCGCCCUUCGACCCAUCCACAGCCAUACAACAACCCUCAGACUUCAUCCUCGACCCCACACAGCUGCACCCGCUCGCCGGCCUCAACCAAGACACCCUCGACUACCUCCAGCUCGAAGACUCAGUCCUCUCUGAUCUCCCCGGCUCACAAUCCGCGCUUCCCUCCCGCGGCUGGUCAGAUGAUCUAUGCUAUGGGACCGGAAUUUCCUACCUCUCCGCUCUGACUGUUGGUGGCGCGUGGGGUCUGGCCGAGGGCCUGCAGAAGAACCCCGCGUCCAUGCCGCCGCGGUUACGGAUCAACGGCGUGCUGAACGCAGUCACGCGCCGGGGACCGUUCCUGGGCAACUCGGCGGGUGUGGUCGCCAUGGUGUACAACGGCAUCAACAGCACAAUCGGAUACUACAGGGGAAAGCACGACAUGACGAACAGUGUCCUUGCGGGAGCGUUGAGCGGUGCGAUUUUCAAGAGCACACGGGGUGUGAGGCCGAUGGCGAUUAGCUCGGGCAUCGUGGCCAGUGUUGCGGGGUCAUGGGCGCUCUUCCGCAAGGUCUACUUCGAGAGCGAAUAAACCCGUCCCGCGUCCCACAAUUCUAACCUCCUCCGCCACCCUCAUGCAACAAAACAAUUGUGUAUAACAGCAGUGGGAACUGUCCGGCGUUCUUCCCUUCAAAAACCUGCCACCUUUACUGCAUCUACCUCCUUUUAUUCUUUCUCGCUCACCACUCUUGCGGGCUGCUCCGCAUUG